GGGGGUGCUGCAUAUCGUGCUGGAGUUCGGGUUGGUGACAAGAUUGUCAAGGUAUAUAUCAAUGCAUCCUAAUGCUAUCGUAUAUGAGUUACUAGUACUUAAUCGGACCAUAUGUCAUUAUGAUAUGCAACUAUUCAAAAUGUUUUGCGAUCUUUACAUCAACUGCCAACUAUUUAUUAGUUUGGUUUCUUGUGGGAAUCAAUGGUGGGAAUGGGAAACCACGCACCAUGCCCCCAGAGCCAGUUUUUCGAAAUUUUGAAAUCCACAAAACGGAUGUGCAUAGUCAAACUAGUGCUUUAGACUGUGCUUAAACGGGUGCAUGUGCAUAGACUAGUGCUUUAGACUGUGCUUAAACGGAUGCAUGUGCAUAGACUAGUGCUUAGAAAUUAUUUUCUGGUCGUGCAGAGCAGGCCUGAAUGUCGAGUUUAGGUGGAAAUUAUUGCAUUAUCGAUUCAUAUUCUCGAAAAUACAGAAAAUACUAUAACAACUGUUAUGUAGAAAAUACAAAAUGGCCAUUGCAUGAGUUUGACUAUUUAAUCAAAUAUUUUGGGUGUAUUUUAAGGUUAAUGGAACUCUGGUGACGAACUCUAAUCAUAAGGAAGUAGUGACCUUGAUUAAAGCGGGAUCAUAUGUUGCACUAACCUUGCUUGGUAAACCUCCAAGCUCACGAAAUUCGGGAAGUGGUAAGUUUGAUGUUACUCUGGAAACAGGUGGGAAAUUUGUCUGAGCAUGCGCGAGCAAAUUGAAAAACACAAUUGCGCGGAAUACACGCAACGCGUGUUUACAAAAAGGCACAAUCGUGUAAAUAUUGCCAAAUGUUUGUACAAAAUAAAUGACUGUUUUAUGUUGAAAAUGGACAUGAUCUAAAUUAAUCAUACAGAAUUUUUUAGUGACGUUCUAUUUCAGUACCCUGCCAUUGUCUCUGGUGGGCUGUCCGUGUGCAUUCGAUCUGAAACAGUUGCUACUUUGCUGUCGAAAAAUUUCGAAUGUUUACAUGAAAAUAGAGGCAAGUCAUGCAUUUUACAACCUCGUAAACUGUAUGAGCCCCUAUUUUUACGCUUAUACCUAAGAUAUCAAAUAAAAAUACAUGAAACAGAGAACAUUUUCAGAAAGUUUUAUCGUGAGGCCACGGCCAGUUUUUAAAAUAUCUUUAUUUCUGUUCCGGUCAUCACCAAAAUUACACUAAAGCCGGGCUUGAAUAUACAACAAAUUUUGAAUCUCAUCAAGUACAAAAAUAUUUAACGUGUAACCAAAAUAUGCUCACGAAAUCGAAAUUAAUAGCUAAAUUUUCAAUCUAGACCCUUCUCGAAGCGGUUUUCAUGAAGGAAGUUCACAUUUCGGCCUUUGAUUCCUGGCAAAAAUUUGACAACAACACGUGCGAAGCAACUGGGUCUCAAAGACUCAGCUAAAACAUUGUGAGCCCCUAUUUUCCUGACGAUAUGUUUGAUACCUACAAACACCUAAAAGUUUUUUCUUUUCAUUUACCUAUAUUUGAAAUUGAGGCCACGGGCUAUUUUUGAGAAAAUCCAGUUCAAAAUCAAGCUAUUUUUACAUAUUUUCAAAACUUGUCAAAUUUCGCGAGCUUGUAUUUUGAACUUAGACAGCUGAAGUUACAUUAAGAAACAUAGGAUGGAAAAUUUGAGGCAUAUAAAGUUAAUUUCAACUUACAUUUCAUUCUCAUAUCACGUCUUUCUUCGUUUAUUACGGUUUUAAACAAGCCACAGAUCGACGUAUACGGUAUUUACUCCCAUGUUCACGUCGCCAUAUUAACUUCUUCCAGUCACUCGAUUACAAAACAAAUGUCCAAAACCAAAGAACUCAUAGUCGACUUUUAAAAGAAUAACCGUUAAUUUGUAAAUCGUUGAAUGGAAAGCAAAAAAUCGUCAGCUAAAACAGCUUCUUGCUAACUUUCUGCUUUGUUUUGAAUGUAAAUGCAAUGAGUUUUGUUUCUGCCCGCGAUUUUUUGGUCAGCGACGACAAAUUUCCCACCUGUUUACUCUGGAAGUUUCAUAUUAUGCAUCGUUGAACUAUUGUACAUACGUCAUGUUGCACGGAUGAAACCGGUUCACAAAUCCGAAUUACGAUCAUUUUCCGAAUUCUUGGCGAUCUUUUUCCGCCAUUUUGGAUGUUGACAAUCUAGGGAAGGAUAUUUGGGAGGAUCAAUAUACAUUACAAGAAGACGUCAAUAUAUGACGUUUUUGAGGAGGUUGUUGGUCGACGUCUUUUCGUGAAAUAUACGCUUGAAAACACGGAAUUAAAAACAUAGUCAAAAAUAAUGUUGAAAAGUUCUGACUGAAUCUCACAAAUCCCAAAACAAAUCCUUGACCACAACAUUCUUAUUGUACAAUAUGUAUAAAGCGAACUUUCCCAUAGGCUAGCUGGCUCCCACUUCUUAUGAGAAACGUUUAUGCCCGUGGGCUUAAACAACGCAGAAUUUGAGGUUAUGAAAAUUAUCUCGAAAAUUUCCCGCUAUUGAGGCCAUCACGUCUUUGGUAUAGCGAGGCAGGGGGUUUUGUAAAAGAUGUCAUAUUGACGUCUUUUUGCCAGAAAAGUAUAAUAAUAAUAAUAAUAAUCUGUUUAAUUAAUCACAUUGCAGUCUCUACUGAAUUACAUGAUUAUAAGUAAAUACAUUAAAAAUUAAAUUUACAAAUAAAUAUACAAAUACAAAUAUUCGUGCAUGUUACGUAAUUAUUUAAGGAAAUUGAUGAAGACUACAGAUAUUAAGUGUAAAUUAAAGGAUUUGGAUUUCUUCAAUUAUAUAGGAGCUUUUUAAAAAACUUUGUGCAUACAACUGCUUAUAUACAGUAAUAUGUAAAUCUUUUGUUGAUUGCUGGUGUUCGAACCUGUAUUUUAAUAUAGCUACCUGCAUGAACUCGUUUGAAAUGCAACUUCUUCGUGUGAUGAUAUUUUAAUGUAAAGAUAACGUGCGCGAGACAAUAAUCAAAGUACAAGAAUAUAGCUCGAGUAUAACUUAUCACAGACCUUGUUUUCAAGAUUUGAAUGCAUGUACCCGCAAUCGCAACUGACGAAUUGACUCACGCGUAAUCGCUACUCACGAAUUGGCUCAUGUACUACUUUAGGAUGGAGAUGUACAGCAACUGUGUUAGGAAGUAUUUUUUAUUAGAUUUUUCUGUUUUCAUAUUUUGCCGAUACUUUUGUUCUCCAUUUGCUAGUCGUCUUGGUUGUUUGCACCAGUUUUGUCUGUUGAUUCCCUCAGCCUAAAUGUCUUGUAAUUAAUUAGUGCAUGAAUGAAUAAAUCAAAUAAUUAAUUGGCGGUUUUAAUCAAUAAUCAAUAGUUAUGGGAGUGAGUACGUGCAUAUUAUGUAGCAGCCUUGUAUUCGUGGCAAACACACUAUGAGAUAGAGAGUUUUCGUGCUAACAUAACUGUUAGAACUUUUGGAAGUUGACCAGAAGAGCCUUACCGUAACACAUAUACUGAAACUCAUCUGCAUGACGGCUGUCAGUGUCCACCAAUUUAGCUGAUGAGAUAUCCAAGUUACAGAUUUUGCAAUACGUUUCUGACAACACGGACGCUAACCGGAAGUCAAUCGAGCCGUUAUAGAUGGCCGUUCUUAUUGACGUUUAUGACAGACCGACAUACUUCAAAUGUAAGAACAGUUUGUGCACUAAAAUUGAAGCACGAGUUAACUAUACCGAGCUAUCGAAGUCUUGUAGAAUUACAUUCAAAGGCGAUUUGAGGUUUGCCGUUUGGGCUAAGUAGUCUCCCGUAAACGUCAGUGUGACACUGAAUCACUGAUUCGUCUAUGCAAAGGAUCUAAGCACUCCAACAUCCAUCGCCACUGUACUGUCUCCUAUAAUGAACCAAUGCAUGUGAUGUGAUAUUGCUGUUCUGUGCCUCGCACGCACGUCUUAGCCAACUUUUGCUUAAAUUUUUGUUCACGUUUUAUCUUAGCGAGUCCAAGUGCAGGAAGUCUCAGUCCAGGAAUUGGAUCGCCUACGUCACCAAGUGUAAGUUUCUACUAUACUUGAAUUAUUUAUUUGUUUAAAAUGAAAAGUAAUGGAGGAGGUGCCAUCAAAAUACAAUCUUGGACGUCAGUAUGAACCAAAGUGUUGUUACAUGUUUUCAUUCCCAUCAGCCUAAAAUAGGGUAGCGUUGUGCAUGUAUAUAGCGUAUCGAGAGAGCACCCGGCCAGUUCCAGCUGGUGGGUUUUGACAAUUAUUUCUCUGCAGCAGUCGUAAAUUAGCCAUUCCGAAGUUGAUGAGUUGACUGGGGACGAGUGUUAAAAAGUGCCCAAAUUAAGAAAUGAACUAAAUCACUAAAAAGACCACCUCAAAAUUAGGAAGUAUACAAAGUUUGAAGACGUUUACAUGAAUAUCCUUCGAAUAAUAAGCUUUCGAAAAUUAUGAAAUUUCUGAUUAAAAGAUUGUUUUUGGCACGCGCGUCCCAAAAACAAAAAUUGCAAUUGCAAAAAUUGCAAUUAAAUAUCGGAUUUUCGAAUGCUUAUAAUUCGAAGGGUAUUCAUGUAAACGUCUUCAAACUUUGUAUACUUACUAAUUUUGAGGUGGUAUUUUUAGUGAUUUGGUUCAUUUCUUAAUUUGGGCACUUUUUAACACUCAUCCCCAGUCCACUCAUCAACUUCGGAAUGGCUAAUUGACCUAGUAAAUUGUUUGGUUCUGACGCCAUUUUGUAUUCUUAUUGUGUAUGAGCAUGGAAUGACUUACAAUUCCGGUGAGCCCAAAUUUCAUAAUGCGACCGUCUUUUAUGCAAAAUUGAAUUGACGAAACCGAAAAAAAGUGUUCAAUAAAAAAAGAAAAGUAUUCAAUGUAGGAGAAGAACAAAGUUAUUACUAAAGCAAAAAUUCUUCGAUGAUGGUCAAAAUACACUAUGCGACAUUUAAAAAAUGCAAAAAUGUCGUCAAGAUGACGUGGAGAAAAAACCCUCUUUACGUCAUAAAGACCACAUCAAAACAAUGCAUCAAAAUCACUACGUCAAUGGUUUACUCACUACGCCUGAAAAUGCCAGGCGUUCUCCCCGCUCAUGGUGCCAUGACAUUUCAGGCUAUGUAGUGGUUUUAAACUCUUCAAAUAAAUAACCACUGCAAUCUCAAAGUGGGUUUAUAUAUAAAAAUAUUAUCACAGUGCGAUUAUGUACUAUUUAAAACACGCGUAGGAGUGUUUUAUCAUAUUUAAAAUUCGAGUGCGCAGCACGAGAAUUUUAAUUACGAUAAAACAGUCUUUGUUUUAAAUGGAUUAAAACACGACUACAAUGAGUGACUUCCACGAGCAUUGUUAUGUAUUGCAGAAUACUGUUGAAUUAGCUGCCAAACGAUAUGCAAUUAAACCUACAAUAGGAAACACCUACGCACUCGUUCAGCAUGCAAAUUAGUAGUGGUCACCGGUGUCACAGGAAAUCCCCGAAAAUUUGGCCUUAUCUUUAGGCUCGGAAAUCGUGAAGCUUCUACUAAAACCAAAGUCUAGAAAUGUUUCUCAAUAUUUAUAGUUGCGUAAUUUUUUGUGUCAAAAGUCUCCAUUGAAUUGCAAUAUUGACGAGAAUUAGGCCAAGAGCUAAACUUUAGCGUACUUUUCGCGUUUGGUUUUGACCAGCUUUGUAGAAGACAACGUUCAUAAAUAAUGGCUGUAUUAUUAAGCCAUGGAAACGAAACGAUUUUUAUAAUACUUAAAAUGAUACGAUUUUUGCUAAUACAUACGAUAUGUGCUUUUGUGUUUGCGGAAUGUUUUGUUAGUCAUUCAAACCUUUGUGCGUUUGUGUGUGUGGAAUGUUUUAAUUGUUUUUGUGAGCCAUGAAGCAUGCAGUCUACUUUCGUUUUUAUGGAAUGCUUCUGUAAUGCAUCCCAACCACAUGAGCGACCAUAUAUACUGUGUAUAUGUAAGUAAAAUGCAUAGUAAAAGUUUUUUUUACGAAAUAACCACUCGUUUGAUUUUGUUUUUCGAACAGACGUUUCCACUUAAAAGUCUACUUUUACCCUAAUGCUAAUUACUCCCUGUUAUUUAUUAGACGCGUAUAUUAACAUAUUAGCCAACACAUGAUGUCAUCGUUUGCCAAAGUGCGGUUGUUAUUCUGACUAAUUUUAUACUAUGUGACUGAAUUUAUAGAUCUAUAUAACUUGUAAUAUCUUAGAAAUUCCUAUCUCUUAAAAUCGUUUCGUGUCCUUAGCUUAAAGCUAAGCCAUUAUGCAUUAACGUUGUCCUCUACAGAUACCCAUGUACGAUGUGUCUGGCAUGACUGCACUAGCACAUUAUUAUUAUUACGCUUUCCUUCAAACUUUUAGCUCUUGGCCGCAAUGAAGAAUUUUGACACAAAUAAAUUAUGCAAACUAACUAUAAAUACUUACAAACACUUUAAGGAUCUUGCAUUCUUGGUUUUAGAAGCUUCACGAUUUCCGAGCUUACAGCGAUAAAGUGAACUAUGUUUUCGAGGGGGCCAAAUUUCCUAGGAAAUUUGGGUAGAAGAAUUUUUUUUUUUUGGGGGGGGAGGAAAUUUCCUGGGACACCGGUCUUAACAAGAGUAAGGAGCUUCGGUGGUGCAGUCGUCAGAGCAAGCGUCCUUCACCUCUGAGAACGUGGGUUCGAUUCUCGCUACGGGCUCUUAUGAAAAGAAUCUGUCAACUCUCUGCCGAAAGUCGUGGGUUUUCUCAGGACGCUCCGGUUUCCUCCCACAGGGAAAGUUGACAGAGUGGGUUGGGAUAAACAUAGUUAGGAAAGUAAUAUCACAAUUGUUGUAAAAGAUAAUUAGUCUAGGUUAAGUAAGUAACUCAAGUAAGCGUAAUACUUGAUGUGAUCGGUCACUGAAAAGCCCCGAUGGGGAGUGAGCUGAGUAAUCCUCAAAAUUUCGUGUGUAUUUGAUCGACGUCUUUCUUAUUCUACGGGUAUAUUAUGAAUUGGCGUAGACUGCAAAAACUAUGUCGCGUGCAUGGUUUACACUCUGAGUCCUCAUUGGUUCCUACUGAUAAGAGUAUUCGAAGUUGUUAAAUAAACAUUGCGUGUUUGAUGUGGUGUGCUUGGACCUCUUUUGCCCGGAUGAGAAAUAUCCCAAUGGGCAAUAUGAUCAUAUUAUUCUAAUAAUGUAUUUCCUUUGCCAAAAUCCCACUUGUCAAAAACAUUGGUCCAUGCAUGCGUACAUUGUUCAUGCUUUAGGCCGAACUGGCGAUCAAAUCGUUAACUUUCAUCUGA